AUGGAUUAUCUAAGCGAAUUGCCGCACGAAAUCCUUGAGAGUAUAUUCUCGCAUUUGUCGAUAAAAGAAGCAGCAGCAACGAGCAUUCUCUCCCGCAGGUGGAGACACUUAUGGAAAAACAUUGAUUAUCCUAUUCUUGACAUUGACCUUGCAGCUUUAAUCUCCAUCUCCUCGUACCACAAUUUAGGUUCACUGCGAGUAAGAAGUGAAAUUCCCCGUUUAGUGUCGACCAUCUUGGAUCAACAUCAAGGCUCAACCAUACAUGAACUCAAAAUUCGUUUUCCUUAUCACUAUCUUGCUCAGUUCUUGGGCAAAAUCGAUGCACGCUCAUUAGUUUGUUGGAUUAAGACGGCCUUUAAAAAGAAAGUUAAAAAUCUUUUUUUACAGUUGAACACAUUGGGUGGUGAAAGUAUUACCAAUGCUUGUUCAUUCCAUACACUUCCUUCUAGUUUCAGUUCGCUCGUAUCUCUUCACCUUGUAGCUUUACAUUCUUUAUAUUCUCAAACAUUGAUCGACUAUUUUUUAUUGAAUUCUCCACUUUUAGAGGUAUUGUUCAUUCGAAGGUGCUGUGGCUUAACAAACCUGAAAAUUAGCUGUCUAAAGCUAAAACAUUUUACUUUAACAGAUACCUCUACUGAAUGUCUUGAAAUAUCAGCACCAAAUCUUAAAUCUUUCAACUUUAGACACAAGUUUCAGCCAACCAUCUCGUUUAAAAACGUUCCGUCUCUCAAACAUAUAUCUCUGGAGGGAUUCGACUCUUACCAGUUUAUAGUAAGUAAUCUAAAUUCUAUUUUGGAUUUGCUAACUCAGCUUGACUCGCUCGCAUUGACAAUACUAGGCAGGGCCUACAUAACUUCUAGUCCUAUCAUAAACUUUCCUAUCCUGAAAAAUCUCAAGCAAUUACACCUCUCAGUCAAUUGUUAUUCUGAUUUAGUCAACACUCUUACUCCAUUGCUACAAGCUCCGCCGGAGUUGCUUAAAGUAUCGCUCAUCAAUUUGAAAAAUGGGGUUUAUCCGUAUGCAAGGUGGGAAGCAGCGCUGAAUUCACGUUAUCAAUGUCUUGAGGUGGUGGAAAUAGUCAGAUUUGUAGGUUCUGACGAAGAGAUAGAAUUCGCUGGUUACUUAGCUGAGAAUGCUGCUUCACUCCAGAAGAUAAUAGUACAUGCUCAUGAAUCAGUCCAUUCAGAUGGGUUGCUUCGAUUGGAACGUAGGCUACUUUCAUCUGUAGAGUUACACAUAAUUUAG